AUCCACUUUCGCAUAUCAUUUCUCCUGCACUGUGCAGCUACAAUGCUCGACUCCUACUCCCCAGAUAACCGCCUAGGCAUCGGUGACUAGCCCGCAAACCUCCAGACCGGCGACCUUCCUUCGAUCCCACCUGACACGAACAUUGAGCGCGGCGCUCAAUCACCUCUCCUCCAAGAGUCGCCGACAACCAUCCGCUUUCAUGGAAAGCCUCGUGAGAAGUUGAAGUGUGGCCAACUCCUUCCGAGCUAUGCAAUAAUCAUGCGUGCUAAGAGACGGCAUCAGCGGGGUCACAAUUUGUGCAUGAGCUGGACCUAGAUUGGGUGCGGGAUACCGCAGGCUGUCACAAGCGGAUAACGACAUGGAGUCUGGGUUGAAGAAGCUAUGGACACGACGGAAGAGCAAGGGUCGCGACGGCAUGCUCGACUCGGGUGUCAACAGCCUCAGAAAAAGCCAGAGCACCGAUCAGGCCGGAUGGUCAGUCAAUGGAAGCCCACGCUCCAACCAUGCUCGAAGUACGUCAAACGGACAGAGUGGGCGUCUGCUAAGUCCUACAACAACGGCCAGCAGCUUCGUGAGACCUGGCUCAAACAACAGAAAACAGCCCAUGCUGGUUGGUGUCUCAAGACCGUCAACCUCUCCAUCACGGCCCGGCACGUCUGGCAGUGGCAGCCUCAUGACUGCUGUCAACCGCGCAGCCGCAGACGCUGUAGCCAAGGCAGAGCAAGAAUAUCAGCAAUCUGCAGAUCACUAUGCCAAAAACAACCGUCGGCAAAAGGCCCCUCGAUACAUUGACAUAUUUUCACUCUCUAAUGCCGACGGAACCAAUCCUAUGCCUGGAUAUAACGAGGACGUCGCUGAACGAAAUCUGGACUUGGCCAGAGUCGCACUCGGAGGCACGCACGAACACCUUGUGCCAUCGUCCAAGUAUGCCGAGGAGGUUGCUAUAAGAAAUGCAUACCCGCCUUUGGGGGAAAGCGGCAGCACGAAUACUUCUCUUUCUAGCCCUCGCCGUCGGUUCGAGGAUGGUGUACAAUCAUCGCUGUCACGAGACAUUCCUAGCAGAAUAAGCGACCAUCCAUCACUGUCGGUCAGAUCGGACAACCCAGAAAGGUCGAGGUAUCAGCCUACGCCGAAAUCAUUUGAUGUACAUUCAGCCCAAUCAAGCGAACGUCCGUGGCAACCACAACAACAGUUACACGAAUUACCCACCGAAGGCCACCCAUCUUCAGGAGUCCUCCUGACUCAUCACCUUCAUCACGUCAGGCCUUCGACAGAGGAUCUCCGAGAUGGAAUGGCCACCUCCAGUUCUCCGGGCAUUUACAGGCAUUCGGAUCAAAGCGAUGUCUUGCGUAGCUAUCAGCUCUCAGCAACGGAACUGGUCCAAGCAAAUUCGAAUGAUCGCCCUCAGUAUUCGCGGCCAGGGACUGCAAUGUCCGCUGCUGGUGCCCACGUAACACGUCGAGCUGAUUAUGCAUUCCGGUCGCCGACGAGUCUGAGCAACACAUCUUCGGUAAAGCGAGCCAUCAAUCUGCCUCGCCGCACCAUCAUGGAUUUGACCGGAACCGACUCUGAUGUCUUUUCUGAGAUGGCACCUGAAUCCGCCUAUACCUCAUCCCCCGUGGUGGAACAGGCCAAACUUAACACGAUGCAUAGGAUACCUGGAAUUCCGUCGGAAUAUCCAAUUCCCAAAUCGGAUGCAGCUGAGGUGAGGACAAACUCUGCACAGUCAGCAGCAGCAACAUCAUCAUCUUUGGCCGAGAUUGCGCCGUCUCAGGCACAUGAAGAACCUGUUUCAGAAUCGCCCGUGACACGAACACCGACACAACCCAUAAAAACAAGCGUAUUUUCUCCAGUCAGCACUGUCGCAUCGUUGCCACCUCGGGCGAGCGUCUUGAUACAAUCUACAGAUGAAUUUGAUGCUUCCGAGCGCACGAUGGUAGAGCCUUUCAUGCAAGAAAGCACUGCUCCAGCCGAGACAAACCGGCAACAGACCAAAGAUCAGCGCGAGUCGUCGGCAGACGACGAUCAUGUCAUGGUCGAGAAGAAGAGGGAUAUCGAAAAUGGACGCGAGUCAGUCGAAGGACCUGCCUCAACCGUAGAGUUGCCUGCAGUUGCGGACGUCAACGGCGAAAAGCACAAAGAAAAUAUCGACUCUAGACAGAACUCCCCGCACGCCGGUCUAUCAUCACAGCCGCAGGUCGAGGAACCUGUGCCGCCACAACAGUAUAUCCAUAUGAUUGCCGAGAAUGUCCGUUCCAUUGACGUUGUGGACUCAAGUCGAAGCUUCGGUGUUCACAGGCGGGACUUUGCAAGUCCUCCCACCAAACCCGCGCUCACGAGUGUACCCGAAGAUCACGAAUUGGGUGGUGACAGAAAAUCAAAGCAUGUCCGAUAUCUUCGGAACAGGUCUGCAAGUCAUGAUCCAAGCAGCGGCAGAACGUCGCUGAGAAGUUCUGAUUUACCAAGGAUUUCCAUCUACCAAUCGACAUUCAAUGAAGCCGAGUUUGCUCAAAAACAGGCGGACGCCCGCGCUGCUCUGAUUCGUCUUCAAGAGAGCCUGAAUGAGAAUUUCCUGACACAAUCUCCUAUUUCGCGGUCAUCCAGGCCCAAUGCACCGAAGCAUGCUUUUUCAUACAGUGAUGGCAAGCCAGUCGCUCCGUCCACUAUCUUCGCUCAGGUCAGAAACUCUCCGCCCGUUCCGGCAGGUCCAAAGUUCGCGGCUGACAUAUCGACCGAGGUGGAUAGAACUGAAACGCCGACAUCGUACCACAAUCUUACGACAGUGCCGGAGGCUGACAGGGAGAAACCGCCUCGUGGAGACAUGAAUGGUAUGCAGGAGCGUAAGAAGGGAAAGCAACGGAGCUAUCUGGAACUCAGUGGUCCUGGACCGUCGAUAGUCGAUGGAGAAGAUGACCUCGACAGCCCGCUACCACUGCCACCGCCUCUGCACAUCAACGGCCGUCGCUUCCAGCAGCAGCAACAGCAGCCGGUGCCUCCGAGUCCAGGCGAGGUUUCUCUGUCGAGUUUCCCUCUUCCCGUUUCGUCCCCGAGACAGUCUCAGUCGUCGAGAGGAAGGCCAAACUCGGCGGACCCGAUCAAAGGCAGUCCUGCGGCACAGCAUAUGUCUCAUCACUCGCACCAGAGCAGCGGCGGUGGAAGUCGUGUGCUGCGAAGACCGUCCAGUCAACGCAGUCAGGAAAGCAGUACGUCCGUGUUCAGUAUUCCGUACCAUAUGAUUCCGGAUCGGUCGAGCAGCAUUCGUGACAGACUAGUGAUGGAGGAAUCGGAAUGACGGGGAACGCGUGCCUCUUCUUCACAUUCUGGUAGGAUCCCCCGUGGAUCCCUAACUUGGUCGGGGUCCGGUCCGGCUUUUGUCUGGAUUUCGCGAGUGUGGGAGAAAGAAGUAGCAACAAAAAGUCCUGUGUUUAUGGGCCAUACGACGAUGUGAUGAAUGUUCGCUUUUAUUUUUGUACACACAGUAUAUCUGACCUGCCCUCACCUGCGGAGAUGGUGUCGUGUUUUCUCCGUACCAUACCAUUGGUCUAAGAGCAGUUCCCCCAGGUUAUUUGACGGCCGCCAAAGAGUUGGGACAUAGUUUUGUAUGGCUAGUGAUAAUCAUCCCAGGUUGGCACUUAUUGAUUUGUUUGAGAGUUCGAGAUACCAUAUGUCAUAUAGCGUAUACCAUAUACCAUAUACCAUAUACUCUACUGAGUAUAUACGGAUUUUA